AUGGCUGGCUCCGAAACCGAUCACUGUGGCCUCGUUGUCGAACUCAAUUUAAAGACGAACUCUUGCGUUCUGAAGCCCGGUCAAAAGUUACUCAGUGUCCUCCCUGGCAAUGGAUGGGAUAAUUUGGUCAAUGAAGAAAGAGGACUGACAACAAACAGGGAGCGCUACGAACUUUGUCGGGUUUCGUCUGAUGGGGAAUACCUAAUUCCUGAUGAUAUGAAUAUUGUUGAUGACGACCUUAACGGUGAGCGCUUUAUUAUUUUUAUAGAGCCAAUUAGAAGUUCACAGAUUGAGCUCUCUUCAGAGGUGUUUUCUCACUUUACAAACUACACUACACUUACUGCCUAUUCUAUGAAUACUGCUACUGGUGUUAAUUUUCAUCUUGCUUCCAUCAGUGGGGACUUCUCCUUUGAAAAAGAAUCAGUCAGAAAAGCCGAGAAUUCACACGAUGGACUGACUGUGAGAUCACAGUUACGACACCGCUGGUAUACAGUCCAUCAACUGCCUGACUCACAGCUCCAUCCAAGAUUUCGAAACAGACUGUUGGAUGUUGCCGCUCACAUUGAAAGAAGCAACAUCACUGCUGCAGACGGAAUUAGUUAUUUUGGUUCAUCAGAUGUUGAGGACCUCGUCGGAAGUCGGAACGGCCGAAGAAAAUCCGACAGCAGCAAAAGAGCUGUUUUUCGAGUAGCGGAUAGUUUGAGUGCUGCAUAUUUGGCCGACUUAAUUGUCAGGGACUUUGGGACCCACAGCGUGGUGGCCAUUGAAGCUGGUGCCCUUGUUGCCAAAAUCGACAGUCUUUCAAGUUCUACCCGGAAAAUGACCAACAAUGAAAAACUGGGAUUUGAAACGGCUGCUUCAGCUGCAUUUGCUGGGUUCUUCAGCCUGAAAACAUCAGCGAAAUUUGGCGACAGUGAGAAAUUAGUCGAAAACUACAAUUCGAAGGUGGCGUCGAGCAUGGUGUUAAGUCACGGUGGGCCCAGUCUCAAAGCGAGCGAAUUAAACCUCACAAAUUGGGAAAUGGGUCUUGAGGACAAACUUGUGGCAAUAGAUCGUCGCGGGAGGCCCAUCUAUGACCUCAUCACCCCACGUGCAUUGCCUGAGCUCAGCGAAUCACUCAUAUUCCGUCUUGUUGGCGUCGUGAAAGCUGCCGUGGAACGCUACUAUGCAGCGAACUCUAUUGUUGGAUGUCUUGAUCCCCUGUCGAUCUUCUACGACAAUGCCGCCAACGUAGCCGCCGACCACUGUGAGGACACGCCCUUCCAUGACACAACUGCAGACAGUGAGACCGCACAACUUCCAUUCGGUGGCAUCUACACUACAUGUGAAGGUCCCCAAGACCUCUGCUCACAUUAUAUAAUUCCAAAUCCUGCAACUGGUAAUACAAGUUGUCCUGAUGGUUACUGGUCUACUAAACUUCUUCCUCCGCAAGUUCGUUCCUGCGCAGUCAAUUGCCAAAAUCAAGGCGUGUUCCAGCAGCCAGAUUGUGUCCACGAAUGUGCAGUAACUCUGUCCUACUGGUGUGCUGUCAAUCCAAUGACCAACAACACUAAAAAAGAACUGGGUUUCCUAUUUGGUGGUCUAUAUACUGACACUUCGACGAACCCGAUCACUAAUGCACAGACAUGUCCCUUGUACUACGAGCCACUGCAACUAGGCCGGCGGAUACGAGUCUGUGUUUCAACUGAUCGGGAGUUUGGACGUCGAUAUUCCCUAGCCUUUGGCGGCUUCUAUGCGUGUCAAUCAGGUAACCCGCUGUACGAUGUACUCUCGCUCAACACCACCACUUGGCAAAAAGUGCAGCAGGAAAAAAGAAAAUUUUUUGGUGAUCCGAAGAACACUCCAGUAGAUGAAUUAGCGCGAGGAAACGACAAUGGUGAGAAUUCGCCCUUGGUGUGGCCUAAGCAAUGUCCCAAUGGAUAUACUUCUCACAUGGCUGCUAUUGAAGAUACAUGUCUGGUUAACUACUGCAUCCCAGCCAACUCACUUAAAACAGUAAAGGAACGUCAACUCAAGAGACCUCCAUUUAUUCAGCUUCCUGAAUUUGUGGACUCCGCAGUGGGGAAAGAAUUUGAGGAAGCAUAUAAUGGACCUCUACGCCUGGUUGACGCAUCUUCUGGACGUGUUUAUCAGAGAGAUCAUGGAGAUUGGGUAAUGGAGUCAAGGGAGGACGAAAGGACUAGCAAUAUCACUUCUGUGAUCCAAAUCUGCGCCGCUGUCAUGGGCUCAGUGGUGCUGGUAAUAGUUUUGGCUGUCAUCAUUCUUUACGUUAACAAGAGAUUUGAUUGCCGACGUCGCGACCCAUGCAAUCAGGAAGGGGUCAUGGCAACAUAG